GUGUAACGGAUGUGAAACGGCUAGCUUAGUUAGCGGUGCGCGCUAAAUCGCGUUUCAAUCGGUGACGUCAAUCGCUCUGAGAUCUUGGUUCCGCGGCUUUUGUGGAGCGAUGGGCAACGAUGCUUGACUGUUGUUGAUGUUCGAGCCCGGGUAUGGGCGAGGGGACGUUUUAAUGUUAUACUGUUACAUCUACAUAGAUGCUCUCAGAGCACAGAUACAUAAGAGUAAACACAUGGGAGAGAGGACUCAACAGAGCUAAUAGCAUUGUCCAUCAGUGCCUGAAUAAAUGUUCCAUUCAUGGGUUCCAGAUACACCGUCACGCUAGGUUAGUCACGCUUCUUGAAUGGACUCACGUGCUCAGCGCUCCGCCCCGCCCCCCAAUAGACCAUGAAAAACAAGACGCGUGAAGUUUUCAGAGUUGUGUCUGAGAUCCGGCACGCAAUGUUGGGAACGUUACAUCUUAAAAUGAUUUAUUUCAUGGUAAAAACCUGAGGAAAAUUGUAAAGAUAAUACUUCGGAUAAUCAGAUGUGCUGGAUGACAGUUCUUGGGUCUGAUGGGGGCGUUGUAUAGUUGUUGUUGGCGGAGUUACUGCAAACUUGAUGAGAACCUAGAUGAGAAGAACGCUAUUUUACGAUAUGAGACUUCCAAAAUGCAGAGCAUCAGGCCUCAGACCUCCUCCAGGACUCAGACCUCCAGAGCCUGCAUGUCCAGCCACAGUGACCCAAGCCCGGGUCAGGAGGGCCUGUCUUGGAGGACAGAGGAGCAGGAGUGGAUCCCCUGGAGCAGCCCCAGGACCUCAGUGGGAGAUGCAGAGUCGGACGGAGAGCUCCAAGCCUUUAUCACGAUGAGGAACGAGGCAGACACGUACACAGAGGAGUGGGAGAAGCUCAACUAUGACAUCCAUAGUCUGAGGUACACCAAACGAGAGAUCAGCAGCCGAUGGAAGAAGAUUCUAACACAGCUAGGCUACCAGCGUGAGGUUGACUCUCUCCUGACGGUGAACAGACAGCUGUUACAGACAACACUGAGUGAAUCGGAUAACCUCAACAGAGCCAGACAACUUUUACAGACCACUCUGGACCACUCUAGUUUGUUCCCACGAGGAGUGGCUAGCACAGACAGAUACCUCUUUGUUAUGGAUCGCUUGGUGUCUCUGGAUAGUGCAGAGGAUUUCAUCAGACUGGCGAAGGAGAAAUACCCAAAGAGAGAGAGUUGUGAAUGAGAGACAGAAUGGAGAGACAGAAUGGAGAGAGGAUGUGUUGUGCUCCUCCUGCCGGCACUAGAAGGAAUGUGAAGAUCACGGACGUCUCUUUAUGUAGACACUUUAACUGAUUCUAACUGACCUCCUCACAUUUUAUAUUAGAACGUCUAAUGUGCCUACAAAAGUCAUUUUCUAUACAAGUUGUUGUAUGUGUUUCAUAGUUUCAGUAUUGUUAUGGCAACAACAACAAACCUUGAAAAAUUGUCUGUAAUAUUUAACCGUUGUAUCAGUCUGAAAGGAUAAUUCUGAUACAGCUUUUUAACAAGAACUAAACAUUUAAUUGAUUAACUAAAUUGAUUCUCUCGAUGUCUAUCAAUGUCACCUGAACAGACAGUUUGUGUCACAGCUGCUGGUAUUUCAAUCAAAUGUAUUUAUAAAGCCCUUUUUACAUCAGCCGAUGUCACAAAGUUCUGUAUAGAAACCCAGCCUAAAACCCCCAAAACAACAAGCAAUGCAGAUGGAGUAGCAUAUCAUGUACCUGCAUUAUCUGACCAGUAGAUGGCGCCAUUUGUCCUCAUCCACGAGUAGACAACUCAGGCAGUAGGCCAGCAAGACCUCAGGAUCACAAAACCUUCACGCCCGGGUCACAAAACCUUCACGCCCGGGUUACAAAACCUUCACGCCCGGGUCACAAAACCUUCACGCCCGGGUCACAAAACCUUCACGUCAGGGUUACAAAACCUUCACGUCAGGGUUACAAAACCUUCACGCCCGGGUCACAAAACGUUCACGCCCGGGUCACAAAACCUUCACGCCCGGGUCACAAAACCUUCACGCCCGGGUCACAAAACUUUCACGCCCGGGUCACAAAACCUUCACGUCAGGGUCACAAAACCUUCACGCCCGGGUCACAAAACCUUCACGUCAGGGUCACAAAACUGAUGACAGAUGGCUGGCUGGAUGACAGAUGGCUGGCUGGAUGGCUGGCUGGAUGACAGAUGGCUGGAUGGAUGACAGAUGGCUGGAUGGAUGACAGAUGGCUGGAUGCAUGACAGAUGGCUGGAUGCAUGACAGAUGGCUGGAUGGAUGACAGAUGGCUGGAUGCAUGACAGAUGGCUGGCUGGAUGACAGAUGGCUGGCUGGAUGACAGAUGGCUGGAUGGAUGACAGAUGGCUGGAUGGAUGACAGAUGGCUGGCAGAUGGCUGGAUGGAUGACAGAUGGGUGGAUGGAUGACAGGUGGCUGGAUGGAUGACAGAUGGCUGGAUGGAUGACAGAUGGCUGGAUGGAUGACAGAUGGCUGGAUAUCUGGCAGUUACAGUAUAUUUAUUACACUGGAUGUACAGUGUACUUGAUUACUGAUAAAUAAAUAUAUACAUUUA